AUGAAGCUUUUCCCGUCAUCGUUAGAUAAUCGUUCUUCAACGCUUUUCAUGAAGAGAUUCUUUUUUAUUGUCGUAUCAGAUAUCAUCAAAAAACGAUUGCUCAUACCAACUUCGACCUUCAAAGAUAUCGUAAUUGACGGCAAUUUUAUUGAAGGUUUGAAGUGUUGCAUCGUCACUGAGGAUACAGAGGUAGGAAAAAAAUUAUCCGCACUUCUUUAUGCCGUUUCCGAAGCUAUUGAAAAGCAUUAUUUACAUGAUUUCUUUAUUUUGGUUUCAACUGAAGAAGCAGAUAACAUAGAUGAAGUGAUUGAAGCAUAUACUCUUACUUUCGCUUACGCGGAUGGUGGUAGGUUGCUUCUCCGUAGCCCAUCGCACGAAAUUGCAGUGUCAUGUGAGAGUGUCACCGAAUUACGAAAGGAAAUCAUCACUUUAUUUCACCGUUUGGAUAUUCUUAUGAAUGCACUAUCACCAGUCCCACAGAGCGCUUUUCCAUAUUUUAAGCUUACCUAUUACUCAGGCACUCCACAUAGUUAUGAACCAAUGGGUUUCAAGUCAUCGUCAACUACAUAUCACUUCAAGAAAAUGACUUUCAUUUCAAAAAUAUCAGCUGGCACUUUCAGUACAAAAUUUGAAAGUUGCUCGGUGUGUUUGGAGUCCAUUUUCUUUGGGAGUGCAAAUGAGCAAUAUGAACAGAAUGCUUCCAUUGAGAAGGACGAACUGCAAACGCUCAAGAGAAUAACUAGCGAAACUCCGACGGGUAGACCAAAGAAGGACAGAGUGACCAAAUCAAAGAAGACAAACUAUGGUGGAAAAGUAAGACAAAGGAAGAGUAAAAAAAUGAUGGAAAAUGAAGAUAGCAGACCAGAAUCAAUGAAUUUGCGCAUUUCUUCACUAGAGGCACAAAUGGAAGCUAUGGACGACGUUUCACAGGAAAAUACUGAAAUUAUUGAGUCGAUGCGAACCUCGCUUUUAGAAGACGAGUCUUCAAAAAAACAUUCCAAAGCAGUCAUUUUAAGCUCUGCAGAAGCAUUGGUCAGCACCACAGAUUUGCAGAAGAGUGAUUUCAGCUCUGAGUAUCCUGGAGACAGCGAAGAAGUCCCAGAAAGUUCGGGACAGUUCGCAACUUUCGGUUCCCCGAGUGAUCCUUACAUAAAUUCACCGCGUAUGGAUUCUACCGUUUCUUUACCAACAGUCACAGAACUCGUUUAUCGCGAACCCACUCUUAAGAAAGACUCAAGCAUUAGAAGCCCGUCGUCCGGAAUUAGCGUCAUUGCCGAGUCAGACCUUACAAGAGAAUUGUUCAUGCGACGCAGUUCAAAUUUUGGGACAUCCGCGAAUACCGAACCAAAGCCAAAGAAAAUGAAAAUUAGUCGUUCAAAAGUUGACUAUCAUAAGGUAAUCGAUUGCAAAUCCAUAUCCCAAAAAUUUACAUUGAUAUUCAUUCACAUUUCGUACCAUGCAGAUCCGAAGUUAGGUAUUUGA